CGCAAAAGAGCGUCAGUAACAUACAACGACCCAGAAAGAAACAACAAUUCGUGUAAUAUAUUUACCCCGUUGAGUAGCAAAAAUUACCUACAAUAACUACUUUUCUCCCAUUUAAAUGGGAUACUGAGAGUCUGACUGAAGCAGCGGGAUUAUUUAGAAGGAAUCAGGAGAGCUUGUCCUGUGUCCCAGGAAGCUUUGAACCCUGUCAUAGCAGGAAGCUGGGAGUGGGACAAGGAAAUGGAACAGGAGGUUGCAACUAUCAGCCAGCAGGUUUGACAAAAGGGAGUAGAGGGGCAGAGGAUCAUCGUCUGUACCAUAAAGCACUUCAGGAACGAGAGAGGACAACAAGACCUUUAAAAGAGUAGAACACUAUCAACAUACUAGGACAAAAGGAAAGCGCAAUACAAAGAUGAAGAUGAAGGAGGACAUGUCCCCUCUCCUGCUGCAGGUCUUUCGAUCGGUGGUCUGGGUUUAUUCCGUCGUCACAUUCCUGCCCUGGUAUCUGCUCUCUGGUGCCAGUGCGAACCAGGCACGCGCCAAAAGGCUCAAAGCAUGCUCAGUGAGUGGGAGUCCUGCUGGGCCGUACCGGGCGGUGAACAGUCAGCAGCGGUUGGAGUCCCUAUUGCACGCAGGUGUGGAUACUUUGGAUAAAGUGUUUGAAUAUGCUGUAGUUCACUUCCCUAAAAGAGACUGUCUUGGCACAAGAGAGCUGUUAAGCGAGGAGGAUGAAAUCCAACCAAAUGGCAAAGUCUUUAAGAAGGUGAUUUUGGGUGAUUACAACUGGUUGUCUUAUGAGGACACUUUCCAUCUUUCUCAGAGGUUUGGUAGUGGUCUGGCUGCACUGGGUCAGAAGCCCCUGUGUAAUAUCGCCGUUUUCUGCGAGACACGUGCAGAAUGGAUCAUAGCAGCUCAGGCCUGCUUUAUGUACAACUUCCCAUUGGUGACUCUAUAUUCUACAUUGGGAGGAGCGGCUAUAGCUCAUGGUCUGAAUGAGACUGAGGUAACUCAUAUAAUAACGAGCAAAGACCUGCUGCAAAGUCGCCUCAAGGCAAUUCUGAUGGAUGUCCCCAGAUUAAAGCACAUUAUAGUUGUGGAUGAUAAGCCCUCUAGUUGGUUAGAUCUGCCAAGAGGCAUCAUGGUUCACAAUAUUGCUGCUGUGCAAGAACUGGGGGCCAAACCUGAGAACAUGGCCGUGUCCCGUAGACAGCCUCUUCCAUCUGAUAUAGCAGUGAUUAUGUAUACCAGUGGAUCUACAGGCAUCCCUAAAGGAGUCAUGAUCUCCCAUAGCAACAUCAUCGCUGGCAUCACUGGCAUGGCUGAACGCAUCCCUAACCUGGAUGAGAAUGACACCUAUAUUGGCUACUUGCCUCUUGCUCAUGUCCUGGAGCUCAGUGCUGAGCUGGUGUGUGUGUCACAUGGCUGCCGGAUCGGAUACUCGUCACCUCAGACACUUGCUGACCAGUCGUCCAAAAUUAAAAAGGGCAGCAAAGGAGACACUAGUGUCCUUAAACCAACACUGAUGGCAGCUGUACCAGAGAUUAUGGACCGAAUCUAUAAGAAUGUAAUGACUAAAGUUGAAGAGAUGAGCAGUGUUCAGAAAACACUUUUUGUUCUGGCGUACAAUUACAAAAUGGAGCAGAUCUCAAAAGGUUACAGCACACCACUGUGUGACAGGUUGGUGUUUAAGAAAGUGCGCUUGUUGCUUGGCGGUAAGAUGCGUGUGCUGCUCUCUGGUGGAGCUCCUUUGUCUGCUGCUACUCAACGGUUUAUGAACAUCUGUUUUUGCUGUCCUGUGGGUCAGGGCUACGGCCUAACUGAGACCUGUGGAGCUGGAACCAUCAGUGAUUUGUUUGACUACAGCACUGGGCGUGUUGGAGCUCCUCUGGUGUGUUCAGAGAUCUCUCUAAAGGACUGGGAGGAAGGUGGUUAUUACAGCACAGAUAAACCUAACCCACGAGGAGAGAUUCUGAUUGGUGGGCCCAACGUCACCAUGGGUUACUAUAAGAAUGAGCAGAAGAACCGGGAGGAUUUCUGUGUGGAUCAGAAUGGCCAGCGCCGGUUCUGCACUGGAGACAUCGGAGAGUUUCACUCUGACGGUUGCCUCAAGAUUAUCGACCGUAAGAAGGACCUGGUGAAGUUGCAGGCCGGUGAAUAUGUGUCUUUGGGGAAAGUGGAGGCCGUCCUGAAAAAUUGCUCUCUCAUUGACAACAUCUGCGCUUAUGCUAACAGCGAUGAGUCCUAUGUGAUUGGCUUUGUGGUGCCCAAUCAGAAGCAAUUAACUGCCCUUGCAGUGCAGAGGGGCAUCAGAGGAUCAUGGGAAGAGAUCUGUAACCUUGCAGAGAUGGAGAAAGAGGUUCUACGCAUCAUCACAGAAGCAGCUAUAACAGGUAAACUGGAGCAUUUUGAGAUCCCAAAGAAAAUCUGUCUGAGCGCUGAUCCGUGGACGCCAGAGACGGGCCUGGUUACCGACGCUUUCAAACUGAAACGCAAGGAACUGAAAAUGCACUAUCAGGACGAUAUCGAGAGGCUGUACGGUGGCAAGUGAAUCCCAGCAGGGUGAUUUGGGGGGAGGGAUGGGGGUUUAGGACUCACCAUACCACAAUGCCUAUACAUGCGAAAACAACCCACAAUCCCCUGCCUUCAUGCACCCAGGGAUACUAGAAUAUUGUUUAAUUUCAGUUUGACUGAUAUAAACGGAGAGGGAAGAGCAUGCAAAGCAUACGCCACCUGCUGGAGCAGGUACUGAACAACAAAAAAUGGACUACUCAAUUGUCAUUUCUGAAGAUGACCUACAAGAGUGACCCCUGGGAGACACAAUGUACAACCUACAGACUGUGAGACUUUUGGACCCUACCCACUCCGCUUCCCUCUCUCUCUCUCAUUGUUUUCCACACGCCCUCAGCCCCGCUCUUCCAUUGUACUGCAGGCAGAUAUGAGCUUGAUGACUCCACCCUAACUGCAAAGAGGUCCCACUGAAUUUUCAUCCAGUUCUAUGCAGGGAAAUGUUUUACACUCUGGUGAUAUAUUCUUUUUUUUUUCUUUCUUCUUGGCUUUGACACAUUUGUUCAGGAUUUGAAUGUGUUUUGAAUGCUUUUCUACUUGUAUUAUUUCAAAUGUUUGUUUUAAUAUUGCAGGGAGCUGUUCAAAUGUCGCAGAAAGCAGUCUUAACUCAGAAAGCUGUUUCAAUGCUCGGAAGAACAGUGCGAUGCCGCAGAGAGCAUUUCUGAUGAUGCAGAGCACAGUCUUAGCUCUUCGUAGCAUUAGAACUGAUAUCUGGGUUGUUAUAUGACAGCAAAGAGCAAUCUAAUCUUAUAGAGAGCAGUUCUAAUGAUUCACAGAACAUGUGAACUGCGCUCUGAUGCUACAGAGCACAGUUCUAACCCUAAGAGCUGUUAUGCUGCAAGGAGCAGUUUUGAUGCUGCAGAGAGCUGUUAUGUGACAACAAAGAGCAAUCAAAUGCUGUAGAGAGCUGUUUUAAUGCUGCAAAAAGCUGUUUUGAGAGUUUGGAGCAGCUUUCCACUGCAUUAGAAGUCAGAGUUAGAGGGCAACUUUAACAGUAGCCUGACUUAUUACUCCCCUUCAGCAGCACUAUCCAAAUUAUGUGUGUGUAUGUGUAUUUCUGUUCACUUGAGUGAGUUGGCGUCCACCCAUGUUUAUGGGCAUUUUAUGUGUGCACACUUUGCAUCAACAGACCUCUUAAUAUCGUUGGAACUUGCUUCUGGAAAAAAGCUUGAGAUUAAGUUCUCAUACAUCUCUCGUGUACCAAAUUGCUUUACUUAUCACUACAGGGCCAACCAGAUCACACAAGAAAUACAACCGUACACACAUACAGUGUAUAAUUCUUUGAACUCCAUUUGUAAAGCCUUUAAACGUAUUCCUUUAAAAUGUCAUGUGAUCUUAUGACGUUAGCCAUUUUGUUGCGUGAAUGUUUUGCAAGGGAACCAAGUGUGAUCAAACAUUAGAUGCAGUGCAGUAGUUUGGGUACCAUUGUUUUCCUAAAAAGCCAUUAUAUUUAUAUAUAUUUCUUUCUUUGAGUAAGCGUUAUAUUGUGAUUUUUUUUUUUUUCAUUGUAGGAAACGAUAAGUGACAUCAAGGAAAAGUAUGAACUGAAUGUGCAAUAUAAUUAUGUAUUCUGGACUAUGUAAAAAGAAAAUCACAGGCCAGCCCCAAGAGCAUGAAUGUCAUCAAACUCUUUACUGUAACGGAAGGGACACGUUUAGUCUGCUUUAGACUGUGCAGAUCACUCAUUACUUGCACAAUUUUCGAUUUGACAACCGAUGCAAUACGAUUUGUAUUUGACAUUGCAUGAUUCAGGAGAUGUAAACCAAACCAUUAAGCUUCGACUAAGAACAUAGUGAAUUGCGAACAUUAAUGGAUGUGGCAUUUUGCAAAUACUGGGCAAAUGUUUUCUAAAUCGUAACAUUUAUUCGUUAUUAUUUAUGUGAAGAUGUACUGUAACUGAUCAUUUUCAGCACUUGAACUUUUUGAACGGCAAAAAGUUCAAAAUAUUUGGAUUUCUCAUGUUCUCUUGAUUCCUUUAGAAAUUUUGUUUAAGUUUUUGUUUAAAGAAACACUCCAGAUGGUGUUGCAAAAUAAGACAGAUCUGCCUUUACCUUUACUCGAUGAAAGAUGUUGAUUGCUUUUUUUUUUUACACAGUGGAAAUUAAAUGUGGUUUAUAGGAAUUUAUACUUUUGAUAAUUUACUUCUAUCUUUAAGAUCAGGAAGUGACUCAUCCCCCUCUUUUAGCUGCUGUACACUCCACAAGCACCCCGCUUUGUGUGCAAGUUAAAUCCUGCAUCGUCACUGGUUCCAGCUACAAGCAGCUGGCCAAUAAACUGAUACUGCAGAGAGAAUUCCACCUUACACCGAUCAGCCACAACAUUAAAACCACUUGCCUAAUAUUGUGUAGGUCAGUGGUUCUCAACCUUUUUGACUCCAAUGCCCCCCAUUUUCUGAGAAUAUUUUCAAAGGCCACCUCAUGUGGGCUAUUAGAUAUUUAUAUUAUAAAAUGUAUCUAUUAUGAGAUAUUUCCUUCAAGAAAUGUCUAGAACUCUAUAUUCUUCAUAAAAAGCAAGCUGUCAAAGGUAGUUAUUACACUUUUAGCAUUUUCAUUAAGUUGAAUUCUAAUAAUUAUAUUAAAAUUAUAAUGCUCUAUCAUAUUUUAAAUAAUUUUAAGACAUCUUGAGGCCCCCCUGGAAGUGUGCUGAGGCACUCUAGUGGGUCCCGACCCCCUGGUUGGGAACCACUAGUGUAGGUCCCCCUGUUCCACGAAAACAGAACCAACUCGCAUCUCAGAACAGCAUUCUGAGAUGCUAUUCUUCUCACCACAAUUUUACAGAGUGGUUAUCCGAGUUACUGUAGACUUUGUCUGUUCGAACCAGUCUGGCCAUUCUCCAUUAUCUUCUCUCAUCAACAAGUCAUUUCCGUCCACAGAACUGCCGCUCAGUGGAUUUUUUUUUUGUUGUGUGUGAAAAUCCCGGUAGAUCAGCAGUUACAGAAAUACUCAAACCAGCCCAUCUGGCACCAACAAUCAUGCCACGGUCCAAAUCACUGAGAUCAAAAUUUUUCCCCAUUCUGAUGGUUGAUGUGAACAUUAACUGAAGCUCCUGACCCAUAUCUGAAUGAUAUUAUGCAUUACAUUGCUGCCACAUGAUUGACAUGAGUGACAUUGGUCUGUCACUCAUAUGUCCUUAGCAACAACAGUAUUAUUCUGAAAUAUCUAACCUCGAAAGUAGUGCAUUUAGCUUCAGGAUUUAAAAGCUAGAAACAUUUAACGUCAGGUCAUUCAGGUGGACCAUCAGGAUGAUUUUGCUCAGUUCAUAAUAUACAGCUGACCAACUUGAUUGUCUUGAUUGAUUUGGUGGAUUAAUUCUGUCUCCUUGUACAACCCACUGUAAUUUUGACUUGCCCUUAGCAGAUGUAAAAACUUUAAAUAUGUCAAAUCUUUGUUAUGGAGCAGAUUUGGGGUCUUUUCUCCUCUGUGGGUGAAGUUACAGUGUUAUGACACCGGUCAUAACAAGCAACUCCUUUAUUUAUUUGCAAUUUGGUCUUGAAACUAUGUCAUAAGGAAUAAA